AUGGCUACCGGUUCUCCCACGCCGCUUGGCGGCUCUUCGUACGGGCGCAUGCGCGCACAAUCAUCCAUACGACCCCGACGAGACUCUCCCCUCUCUGUGCUGGGUCAAUCGCAGGGCUUUUCGGCCGAUGCGCCCAUGAUGCAGAACAUCGACAUUGGCGACAGCUCGGACGACGAGAUGCCGCAGCCCAUGAAGCUCAGCGCUUUGACGGCAGCUCUCCUCGCCCAAGGCAACGAGGUCGACUCGCCUGAGAAGAGAAAACCCAAGCUCAAGAUCUCGCGCAAUGAUUCGGGCUCCAACACACCCGUGCAAGACUCUGUCACACCUGCACCAAGCCUGCGGAUAAAACGAGUUCCCCUCCGCGGCGCACCCAUGAGGAGGUUGCGCAGGACCCCCCAGAGCGAAGAGGAGAAUGCUCCUUCUCAGGACCAGGAGAACAUGCCCGCCUCAGCUAUCAAAGCACAGCCUGAGAACGUCCCCGACUCGGUCUUGAAAGUCACGGGCUCUGUCAUGAAGGUCGCAGAAGACCGCCACAUGCAAUCCCCUCCAGAGCACCAGUCGCCCAUACAGCGAUCUUCGCAACAAGAAAAGCCCAUGCCACUACAGUCAUUGAGCGCAAAUACCCCUCGACGACCAGCGCCGCCUCCACCGCCAAAGAUGUCUGUACUAGAGACUGCAACUGCAGCUGCUGGAGCUGCCACCACCAAGACGCGAGAGAGGAAGAAGAGAAGCACAUUAUCAGUCAAUGGAAAGCACUACUCGCAGAUGGACCGGAUAGGCAGAGGUGGCAGCUCGGCCGUCUACCGUGUCAUGGCAGAGAACUUCAAGACGUUGGCUCUGAAGCGAGUCAAGCUCGAAGAUGCUGACGAGGCUGCUGUGCGAGGUUUCAAGGGCGAAAUUGAUUUGCUGCAAAAGCUCAAGAAUGUAGACAGAGUUGUACGACUGUACGACUGGGAAGUGGACGAGCAGCGCCAGGUGCUCAGUGUGCUCAUGGAACUCGGAGAAUCUGACCUGGCUCGCAUAAUACGAAUGAAGCUUGAUCCUGCUGACGGCGACGGUAAACUCGACCUCAGCUUCACACGCUACUACUGGAAAGAAAUGCUUGAAUGCGUCGGCGCAGUCCACGACCACGACAUUGUGCACUCGGACCUCAAACCUGCAAACUUCCUCCUUACCUCUGGCCGCCUAAAACUCAUCGACUUUGGCAUUGCCAAUGCUAUUGAAGUUGACCACACUGUUAAUGUGCACCGCGACUCGCACAUUGGCACCCCCAAUUACAUGUCUCCCGAGUCGCUUGAAGACUCUGCUGGUGGAGCUCGAGGACUCCUCAGCAACGGCAACGGCUCAAAAGACAUGGCUCUCGGCAAGCCGUCCGACGUGUGGAGUCUGGGCUGCAUCCUGUACCAAAUGGUGUACGGGCGGCCGCCCUUUGCCCACAUUGCGAAUCAAAUGGCGCGCGUGCUCGCCAUUGUGAACCGCGACUACAAGAUCGAAUUCCCCGAUCUGGGUGUCGGCGACGUGCGCGUCCCGCCGGGUCUCAAGGCCACGAUGCGCCGCUGCUUGAACCGCGAUCCCUCGCGCCGCCCAACCAUUUCACAGCUCCUCGACGAACGAGACGCUUUCCUCUACCCGGACGGCGGCGACGACCUCAAGAUCCCCCAGGAGCUGCUCGGUCAGAUCAUCCAGCGAGUCGCGGACCGCUUCAGAGACCCCAAUAAACCCGCUCCCACCGACGACGAGAUUCGCCAGUACCCAGCCAGUUUCUACGACAAGAUACGGCAGUUGCUGGAAAGUGAAUGA